ACAGAACUGUCAGUGUCAAAUUGCCAAUGAAACGCAAACGUUCAUGUUUUUGUAACGACGUACAAACUCAAUAAUAGCUAUAAUUUGAUACGAAAUUUUAUUUCUUGUAUUCGCUUAGUGUUAAACGAAUGAUUUAAGACUAUUACUUAAAUAAAAUAUUCAGUGCUUGCUAUGUUCUCUUUGUGAUUUUUCAAUCGGAGGCUGUUUCGUUCGAUAUGGCUCCUUUCAUUUUAUUUAUCGUGGCAUUUGUCCUGGAAACGGGGGUGUCAGCAAUACAAGUGACUUUAUCGGAUAAUGGGCCUGCAGUGCGAGGUGCGAAAGUGACAUUCACAGCUACUAUUGUAUCGGGCUACUCGGGGGAGAACUUCAAAUUUGUUUUCAGCGAUAAUGCAGUACCACAACACCUUCAAGAGAUCGUCAGUACGAAUAAAACUGUCACUUGGAGUGUUGAGUACUAUCGGAGCACCUACGAAGCGGGCCAGUACAAUGUGCAUUUGGAUGUCAAGAGGAAUUACUUUGAAAAUCUGUGGUGGACCGUCGCCACAGCUUUCACCGUAUUCAAUCUUACAGACACAUUGCAUGGUGACAUGAUAUUAAAUCAAAAUGAAGAACGAAGGCCGAACAACUUCGUGGCAGUCAACAAGCCUGUCAACCACGUAAUCCAACUCGAGGAGAGUGAACUGCAGUUUUUGAAGGCAAAUUCCUCAUCAAUAAUCACAUACUGGUUGGUAGACUGUGUCUUAAUGGAGAGAACAACUGACUUCUCUUUUAACUACACUUAUGAAGACAAUAUGGGCUGUCACGAAAUAGAAGCUAUAGUCGUUGCAGACAAUGAGCCAUUACCGCCAAUCACUACUACGACGACUACGACUACUACGACGACAACUACAACGACUACGACAACUACUACAACACCUAAACCAACAACAACUUCAUCAACAACAGUUGCGCCAACAACAGUGUCGACAUCAACAGUGCCAUCAACAACACCUAAAAAAGCUACAGAUGUUAAUGAUACGCAACAACAUAAGGUUGCAAAACGAGCCAUUUCUAACAGAACAACUAUGAAAGGCAAAGACGGUGAGAAGUCAUCGUGUGCUAAUAUAGUGCCUGUUGGUAAAGGAUAUACCUUCGGAAGAUAUCAGCACACUGUAUUUGUUAGAGAACCGAUAUCAACAAUCAACAUCUCAGGAUCUGAUUGGCUGCAACACGGGGACCUAUUAAACUUAAACGUAAAAUACACGGGAUCCCAACCAUUCUUCUACUGCAUACAAUACAAACUUGGCCAAUACAAUAUUACAGGCAAUGAAACUUGCCUUACUAAAACAAGAACCGUUGCCAACAACUUUCCUCUAGUCCAUUAUUUCUCGGACAGUGAUCAGCAUACUGUUCUUGUGAUCAUUGAGAAUGAAAUUGGGAAGGCUGUUACUAAAUCUACUAUUAAUAUUUAUAAAGCGUUGGUGCACGCUCAGUUGUCGGUCAUAGUAAUACCGGUGUUCUUCUGCCUCGUAGCUGUCAUCCUAGUCGUGUUUGGUAUCGCUUACUAUCAACAUCGUACGAGGCACUCCGUCGAAGUAGCAGACUUCGACUUCGGGCAAGCACAUCUCGUCUACAAAACGUUUACGGAAAGACUUCGAGAAAGUUUUAGCAACGCUUUCAAUUUCCGUCAGCGAGACGACACAGACCCUCUUACUAACAACACUAGAUACGACUCUAUGACGUAAAUAUUAAUUUAUUAUGUACAUCCUGCCUCAAUCUGUCAAAUUUUACCAAUCGAUCAUUAACCUUCCACUAUUGUAAUAAGGUUGAAAAUCUUUUGAAGAAAUAUGACAGAUUGGGGUAUGUCGAUGUGUGUCUGUACACUCGCCUGCAAAGGUUGCUCACACCAUCUAUAUCUAAAAGGAAGAAUGUGUGAACAACUUUUGUAGCCGGUUGUACACAUGACAAUUUGAGCGAGCAGGCAAGUAACCCAAAGAUUCUAUGCUUUAUGCACUUGUUACGCAUUUAUCAUUGCUGCAUAAUAAUCGAUUCAGAAUACAAAUACACAUUUAAUAAAUGUUGAAAUCCUUGUUCUAUUUCACAAAACUUGGCAAUGUUAGGAAAUGGCUUUCAUAAUCAUCUUUUUGAUCGAUUAAAUAUAUUUACUUGCCUGCCCACUCACUGUCCAUAAAUUUAGUUGGCGAUGGCAUUCGGUACAAUAUGAGUGGCAGAGAAUGGUAGCAUUAUGCAACAAAUUAGCGUUAGAAUGUGAUAUAGUUAUGAGUGCCAUCGUUAAUUAAUUUAAUACGUAGUUAGUUUGAUCGCCGACAGGUAACUAAGCAUCAAGGCCUUUGAUCAGUGCAUAUCUUCUGCAAUACUGAAUUCAUGAUGGACAGAAACAGUCAGUUAUCCCUUAAUUUUUGUUUUAAACUUACUAUUGUAUAUUGUUUUUUGUCGGUGGUCAAACUGCCAUUUUUUAUGUCUGUGUCAAAUGUAAAAGUAUUAAUAUAUUUAUCACGUAAAUUUUUAUUAAUUAAUUCAUUCCAAUGUCCUACUUACUUUAAAUAAAAUAAAAAGUGUAAAAUAGUAAUGAAUAUUUGUUUCGGAUAGAGUAUAUCGAUUGUUGUAGCAAUUAGGGACAGUUUAUGGUAAUAGUCUGACAUGGAAUUGUGUUUUAAAGAUGUAGGAACUUCGCUUCUGUUUGUGCGGAAAUUUUGGAAUGCACUACGUAUAUUUACUGCUUAAAUUAUUCUUAUAGCGACAUCGUUAUUAUGGUCAUUUUUAACAGUUGUUUCAUUGAUCUAAGCCCUAAGCUAAAUUAGCUCUGCCAUGCCAAUCUACCGCUUUGUUGAUUCUGUAACCGUCAAUGAAGUUUUGACAAUUAUACUUUGCUUGACUUAAUUGAAUCUUUUUUUAUUGUAUGGUUAAACAAUCUCAAGAUAUAAUAGCGAUGGAUCGGGUGGUGUACAAAAAGGUUUAUAUUGAUGAGCUUUAAAAAUAUGAACGGAAUAUAAAUCGUCGUAAAAAGUUUGGUUUUAAAGGCCUCUCAAUUAUCGUUUAAUUAAGUAUAUGUGAUCUCUGUGUCUGUUUUGUGUGUCAUUUGAAAAUAUUUUUACCAAAAAUCAUGGAUUAUGUUGUAUUUAUAAAGAUUUUUUUUCUAACGGACUGACGCGUAUGAAAUGAAAAUUAUAUUUUUUUACUGUUA